AUGGAUGCAAAACUGGGCAUGAGGCUAAAAAAGGUGGAAGAACUCGUAGCCUUCGUGCGGCGGAGCUCUGUCGUGAAAAUAGGUGACGCUGCCUUCACGACGAUGCUGAAUUUACUGUCGGACAUGUUCUUCUCGAUGAAUUUAGCUCACUACGAUUCAAAUUUUUCUCGGGAGUUUAAGGAUCAUUUGAGGAUUACGCUGGAAACGGCCGGGUCUCGUAAUAUAGCGGAUUACUUCCCUAUAUUUAGGUUUGUUGAUGUACAAGGCUUAAGGCGGCGUGGCAGAUUUCAUUUAUCGAGAUUGAUUUGUAUAUUUGAGGAGAUCAUCCAACGUAGGAUAGAAUCAAAGGAGACCAAGAAUGAUUUUCUGGACGCGCUCAUUAAUCUCUCCCAAGAGACUCACUCAACUCUCACCAUCAACGGCAUAGCCCAUUUGUUUCUCGACUUGUUCAUUACUGGUACAGACACAGUAUCAACCAUGGUAGAAUGGGCGAUGACAGAGUUACUUCGUAAUCCAGAUAAACUGAAAAAAGCUCAAGGAGAGCUUAGAGCAUUUGCAGGCAAUAAACUAAUAAUUGAAGAAUCAGAUAUUUCAAAGUUACCUUAUAUACAAUCAGUUGUGAAAGAGACGCUAAGACUUCAUCCUCCCAGUCCUUUCAUGGUUCCUCACAAAGCCGAAGCCGAGUUUGAGAUAGACAUGGAAGAGAAGUAUUUGUUUUGGAUUCCGAAAGAUGCUCAAAUUUUAGUAAAUGUAUGGGCAAUUGGUCGUGACCCAAAAGUGUGGGAAGAUCCAGAUUUGUUUAUACCUGAGAGAUUUUUGAAAAAUGAAUUUGACUUGAAUGGUCAAGACUUUAGGUUCUUUCCAUUUGGGUCCGGAAGAAGGAGUUGCCCUGGUAUGGUUUUGGGAGACAAGAUGGUGCAUUUGUUAUUGACCUCUCUGUUGCUAACAUUCGAUUGGAAACUUGAAAAUGGAAUUAAGCCUCAAGAUAUUGAUAUGAAUGAUAAAUUUGGUAUGUCAAUGGAAAAGGCUAUACCUCUUAGGGCUAUUCCCAUUCCCAUCAAAUCUUGA